GUUACCGACUGAGCUACCGAGGAGGGCCUACAGUAGUCGUAAGUCCGCUUCUGCGCGUUCAGAAUACAAAUUCCCAUUGUCCAAUCAGGAUGUAGACCUCACGGGCCGAUAUGUAGCGCUCCUAGCGGAUCGUGCAGACGGGCUCCUCAUAGAGGUUGCCGAUUAUGACACGAUCGUUAUAACCUAUAGUAGGUCGUGAUGUGGUAUACGCUUAGAAGUGCGGAACAGACACGGAGACACAGGAGGAAAAAAACACUUCACACGCUGGUAGCCGCAUUACCAUCGAUGCCGCCUCGCGCGCUCUGCUAGACAGUAAUGGCCGGAGCGCAGGAAAUAAGCAAACAUUUCGAAACGGCGAUUUCUUCUCUGUUUUCGAGCAGUUGCGGUGAGCCAACAUGACUCGCCACGGCACCAUGACCCGCAGUAACAGAUUAGCGACAUGACCAAAGCUGCACAUGUCUUGGUCAUUGACUACCUACUGGUUUUGAGCUUGUUGCAUACCUCGAAGACGCAAGACGAAGAAGCCACAGCAGAGGCCGUAACGGGCACUUCAUACGACAAGACUAUCCCACCAAACGGCACCGCAAUCUACGUUCAACUCGAGAUCACUUUUAUCGGUGACGUGCGCGAUUACAGCCUGGACUUCCCCUUGCAUGCGUGGGUAACGUUGCUGUGGCAAGACUCGAGGCUCCACGUGAACGUCUUGAAGAACAUGGGCCUCGACAUAGUGCCACUGUUUGUGCUUAGAAAACUGUGGACACCGAGUAUAUCGUUCGACAGUGUGAAAGACGCGAAAGACUUCUCGCGUGACGUCUACCUGCGACCAGAUGGUUAUCUGAUGAUGGCCCGUCGGAGUGCCUUCCUGGUUCACUGCAGUCGCGGAAGUAGGAUGUUUGUAUUUGACGUGCGGACGUGCGAAUUUGUAAUAGCCACGUUUCACGCCGAUGAAGGGAAUGUCGGCCUGAUGUGGCUCGAUGAAUACAACGGAAGCCUUCCGAGCAUCGUCCACAACCCGACGAUUCAACCGCUCGUCUACGAAUUGGUCAGGGUCGACGCGAACAAGUGGGACAGCGAGAACGUGCCGGGAUCCCGCAGGGGGCUUUCUGCAACAUUUCAUUUCUCGAAGCGACCUCUAGCUGUCCUUCUUCAUACGUACAUUCCGUCAACGAUGGUUGUGUUCGCGUCCUGGGUAUCUUUCUGGAUCGAAGUUAGUAUGAUCACUUCCAGGUUUACGUUGGGCAUCGUGUGCCUCCUAGUGCUGAGCUUUCAGGGAACGCACAACAAGAUCGGCAAUCCCGGUGGAACAAACAUUCGUGCCGCGGACGUGUGGUUGUUCAUGAGCACGGUGCUGGUGUUCUUGUCGCUGGUCGAGUGCGCGGUAGCGAGCAACAUAUAUCGCGAACACGAGACGACGUCCGGCAAGGAAUCCGCGCAGGAUAUCCGCUACGGAUACAGACUUCAUCGAACGCCGUCGAAAGGGUGCAUAGUGUUGUGCGACGCAGGAACGCAGACCGAAGGGUCACACGUGACGUUCGGUUCGGAAGAAAUAGACGAACUUGCGCGAAUGGUGUUCCCCAUAGCGUUCUUCUUCUGUUGUUGUUUCUAUGCGCUGUGGUUCGCGACUACGGAAGAUUGAGUGUGAUGCUCUAUAAGAAGCACCUUCCUUCCUUCGCAGCUGGUGGGAGUCUUUUGUGAGACUUUCUUUUAUUGCGUGCAGCUGUUGCGAGGAAUUUUCUUGCGGACGUUUUGGCUGCACGCGCUAAUCGUGCGGGACUUCCGCAUGCGUCAAUGUGUUUGGUGUCCAGAUUGUAGGAAAUGUUAAAUACGAAAUGAGCGGAGCACUGUGAUCAUGUUCUUUUUGAAUGCGAGGUGGUGUGAUUGGGUGAUGUUGAUCGGUUACGUGACACGGGUAGAAGGUGGUGACGUCGUCGGCAAAGGAGGAUUUUUGGUUUUCCUGGAUAAAUUCGUCGGCCCUAGUAAUACCCAUCCAGGCUCCGCGCAAUAUUUCUUAACUCGGUUCCUCCCCUUCAUUAUCGUCGUCGGUAUUUUACUCGUGGCCAUCGCAGUCUGCGUUGGAUACUUUUGUUCCUGCUGUAAAGGUGAAAGGAACAGGAACGAGCGGUGUCAGUCCUGCAUUGGAGAAAACAUCCCCAUGCAUGCUGCUUAUGUGCAUACAGGCAUCCCCCUGAUUCCAUACCCAGCUGAAUACUGUGCUACUGUGCCCUUGCCGCGAGCAAUGCAUGGACCACCUGGAUACUGCACAUUCCCAGUGCCUGCGCAAUACCCACCAAGACCGUCAGCCCCUCCACCCGACCUUCCGUGACGUUUUCUGAUUACGUCAACAAGCGAACUUGUUGGUGUUGUAUUGGCAUCAAAGUAGAAGACCGGCCACAAGGCCUAGUGCCUGGACUCUUCUUGUAUCUGGACAGAAUGCAUCCGAAUGUGUGUAUGUUUCACGCGUCUGAAACCAAAAUAAGUGGUGCAGCAGCAGCAGCGCGAUUGCGCACUAUAGCACAAGGCAGGUGAUAAUUUCGUUCGAUUGAUACUUCAUAUUUUGCUUCACUUUUUAAGCCUGCAAGGAAUAUACGUCUUAUCCAGGGCGUUUUACAAUAUCAUUUUGGGGUAGUUUGUGCUGUGUCUUCUAUUCCGUAGACUUUGCGCACAGUCCUUCCUCUUCGUAACGCCUUUUUAUUUUGAGCUGAGUUUCAGCUGAGUAGUAUUUAUGCAAACGGACAACAUACGUAAAAUAAAGUGUAGUGUUAUACCAA